AUGCCAGUGCCAUUGCCACGACUGAUCUUGAUCCGUCAUGGGGCGACAGAAUGGGCCAAGAACGGUCGUUAUACUGGCCGUACCGACUUGGACCUUCUGCCUGAAGGUGUGCAAGAGGCCAAGCAGUUUGGCGAGAUGCUCGUGGGCCUCGCCCCUGAUGCUGUGAUCCAAUACCAGAACAUUGGUGCCAUUCUUCGUAGCCCACGAAAGCGAUGUGUGGAAACGAUGGAGCAUGUACUGGGUACAGAGGAAGAACGCAAGAAGAUGGGUCUGCCGGAAGUCCAAGUGGUCGACGAUUGCCGUGAAUGGGACUAUGGCGCGUACGAAGGAAAGAGAACAAAUGAAAUUCGCGAGAUGCAUCCAGGCUGGGAUAUCUAUAACGAUGGUGCUCCAAACGAUCCCAAUGAUCCAUCGAUGCCAGGCGAAUCGCCUCAAGAAAUUAGCGACCGCGCCGACCGUAUUGUAGCGAUCGUACGUGGCCUUCACUCGUCGUUGCACAAAGAUGUCAUUGUAUUUACACAUGGCCACUUUAGCAAAGUUCUGAUGUCGCGCUUCCUGCGGAUGCCUAUUACUUUCGCUCGCUCGUUGGUAAUGAGCACCUCCGGCACAGCAGUCCUCUCGUAUGCGCACCACACGUACGAUGAGCCCGCAUUGAUUGGUCUAUUCUCCCCCAGCCUUCAUACAAAGCUCCGCUCUACCGUGGACUUACGCCCGUGCCAUGAAGAGUACCAAUACCUUGAGCUCGUGGCGUCCGUAAUUCGCCAUGGCGAAGUCCGUCAGGACCGUACUGGAACUGGUACGAUCGCCAUGUUUGGCCCGAAGCAGUCCCUCCAGUUUGAUUUGAGUGGGGGCAAGCUGCCAUUGCUAACCACCAAGCGCGUAUUUUUCCGCGGUGUCUUGGAAGAACUCCUUUGGUUCAUUGGCGGGAAAACAGACUCAAAGCUCUUGAGCGACCGCGACAUUCACAUUUGGGAUGGCAACGGUUCCAAAGACUUCCUGGAGAAGCGCGGGCUGGGCCAUAGGCGUGAAGGCGAUUUGGGCCCUGUCUAUGGCUUCCAAUGGCGUCACUUUGGUGCAAAAUACAUUGAUGCAGACACGGAUUACACGGGUCAAGGUGUUGACCAGCUAGCAAAGGUCAUUGAACAGAUCCGCACCAACCCGACAGACCGCCGUAUUCUGCUCUCCGCCUGGAACCCUGCGGAUUUAGACAAGAUGGCUUUGCCUCCAUGCCAUAUUCUAUGCCAAUUCUUUGUAUCGCUGCCGUCGGAAGAAGAAAAGGCACAAGGCAAGAAACCGGGUCUUUCGUGCCAAAUGUACCAGCGUUCCUGCGACUUGGGUCUUGGUGUCCCUUUCAACAUUGCUAGCUACUCGCUACUGACACAUUUCAUUGCCGCUGUCACGGGGUGUGAAGCCACGACAUUCACCUUGGUCAUGGGUGACGCACACGUCUACCUGGAUCAUGUGGAGCCGCUGAAGCAACAGAUCAUCCGCGAACCGCGUCCCUUCCCCACAAUCCAUCUACGUCGUGCAGUGGACUGCAUUGAUGAUAUCCAGUACAACGACGUGGAGUUGCUUAAUUAUGCACCGCACGGCAAGAUUGAUAUGCGCAUGAGCGUGUAA